AUGAUUAACGACGCCGCCAAUUCCCAGCAGGGGCAUCCCGCCCACGGACAGACGGACGAGAGCCAAAGCAUGGACACGCAGCCGCCUCUACUCGACCACGCAGCCGUGCAAGAGCAAGCAUCGAGACUCGGCAUCAGACGCCUAGCUUCAAGAGAGCUGAAUAAUCCUUCUCACAUGAAACGACUAAAGACGACGAGUGAUGGAGAAGAUGCUAAACCGCGAACAAUACCCUUCCCAGACAAGCCCGCCGUGGUGGAAGAAGAAGCCGGCGAGAUUGAGUACCACGUCGUCAACAACGAUGGCACCCACGAGAGCUUCAUCAUCCUCACUGGCCUCAAGUGCCUGUUCCAGAAGCAGCUGCCCAAGAUGCCCAAGGACUACAUAGCCCGCCUCGUGUACGACCGCGCCCACCUGUCCAUUGCCAUCAUCAAGCACCCACUCGAGGUCGUUGGCGGCAUCUGCUUCCGCUCUUUUCCCUCGCGCACGUUUGCCGAAAUCGUCUUUUGCGCCGUUGCGUCCGACCAGCAAGUCAAAGGCUACGGAGCGCACCUCAUGUGCCAUCUCAAGGAUUAUGUUCGCGCCACCUCACCCGUCAUGCACUUUCUCACGUACGCAGACAACUACGCGACCGGAUACUUCCAGAAGCAGGGCUUCAGCAAGGAGGUGACGCUGGACCCGAAGCUGUGGAUGGGCUGCAUCAAGGACUACGAGGGCGGCACUCUCAUGCAGUGCAGCAUGCUGCCGCGCGCGCGCUAUCUAGAGGCUGGCCGCAUGCUGCUGAAACAGAAAGAGACUAUCCUCUCCAUAAUUCGCCCGCUGAGCCGCAGCCACGUUGUGCACCCGCCGCCAGCGCAGUGGGCCGGCGACAACAUCACGCCCAUCGAUCCAAUGUCCAUUCCCGCGAUCCGCGCGACAGGUUGGUGUCCGGCGAUGGACGAGCUGGCGCGGGCGCCGAAGCACGGGCCGCACUUUACCGAGCUGCGGCGGCUGCUAUAUCAGGUGCAGAACCAUAAGCAGGCGUGGCCGUUUCUGCAUCCGGUGAACAAAGACGAGGUGACGGAUUACUAUACUGUGAUUACGGAGCCGAUGGAUCUGUCGACCAUGGAGGAGAGGUUGAUGCAGGACGGCUAUGCGGAGCCGAAAGAGUUCAUCAAGGAUAUGCAGCUCAUCUUUCGGAAUUGCAAGCUGUAUAAUGAUUCGACGACCGUGUAUAGUAAAUGCGCGGUCAAGUUGGAAAAGUACAUAUGGAGUCUGGUCAAGGAGGUGCCCGAGUGGUCGAACUUGCUUGAAGAUGCUCCAUCCAACCCUGACUCUGCACUACUGACCGAGUGGAGGGAGUAUACGGGUGGCCGGCAGAGUACCUUUACGCCAACAAGCUUUUGA